UUGCCGCCCUCCCACUGAGAUAUCUCCAAUCAAUGAUUAUAUCAUGGAAAAGAAUUGAAUAAUAUAAAUAAUACAUAGGCUACAUUAUUUAGGACUACCAAAAAAUUCGUCUCUUUCUGUGGGCUUGAAAUUUAAAAAGGGGGAAGUCAAAACGCUCACGUCAUGCACGUUGGGAUAUAGUCAUCGAAGUGUUAUGCAAUCCAUUUUGUCAACAAUAGGGCUUUACAAAAUAAUAGCAAGAGCAAACAAUUUGCAUGCAGGCAGGUAAGUACCAGUGUAUAUGGGUGUGUGUGUACGGAAAUAGAUCUGCAUUGGUAAUUUGGGGUAUGGACAAUAAAUCAAUCACGAUUGUCAAAAAUGCAUGUAUACAAUAAUCUUCAUAAUUUGAAGGGACUGUUCGGUGUUAUCUGACUGUGAAUUUGUUGAAUGGACACGCUCGAGUGGAGUAUAUUAUUUUCAAAUCAGUGCCAUUUUUAGUCAUGACUACAGCGGAUAAUAGCUACAAUAGUUUCAUCGAUUGGAAUUUGUGUCACAAUUGUGUAGUUGCACACAGUUCCAGACGUCAUUUUCAGAUCUACAUGAGGAUGUAAAUUAUUUCGUAUACACAUUCAACGAGCGUGAUAUAAAUUAUGCAGCAUCCAUGGUCUAUACAACCUUCUAUCAAAUAUUCACUAGGGACAUGUGGUAUUAUAACUUGGACCUACAAGAACGGUAUACCACCAUAUUACCCUGCCCUCUGGAGCAUCUUGAAAUAAUUUUAUACAUUCAAGGAAGUUGACCUGUUACACAUAUCCUGUAGUGAUGGCUUUUCACGUACACAGUUCCUGGAUAUUACUCCUUUCAGGAUGUGUGUUGGUAGUACUCUACUCAUCGCUUCAUUGUGAAGCACAAUGUUCCAGCCCGGCUGCUAGGUUCGAAGCUUCAUCGCAACCUCAAUCGGUAUUCUCCCCUAACUAUCCCGAUGAAUAUCCAGAAGAUACGGCAUGUGCGUGGCUUAUCAACAGUCCUUCAGGAUCCAGCCGAAUUCAGCUAAGGGUGAUCAAAGAUGAUUUCUCGUGUUGCUGUAACAAUGACUAUUUGUUGAUAAAAGAUGGUGUAAACUCCUCUGCCAGGUCCAUCGCGAUACUGUGCUCUGACCAAAACCCAGUUGCAGUGACCAGUAGCGGUCACGCCCUCUACGGUGAAUUCCAGAGUAAUGGCGAUGGGAAUAUAGGUCUCGGUUACGAGAUCCAAUUCGACUAUUUUGAUGCCAUAGUUUCGUGUCCACCGGGCUGGAUCGAACGACUUGGUUACUGUUACAAACUAUACACCGAACCAUUACCAUGGCAACAGGCUGCAUCACGAUGUGGGUACGAUGGAGGGUUCCUAACCUCAAUAGUUAAUCCGGAAGAAAAUGAUUUCGUACUAGGUUUAUUUAAAGAUGAUACAUCUCUCUCCUGGAUAGGAAUGAAUUCUACUGGAAACUGGUUAGACGGUCUAAACUCACAAUUUUAUAAUAACUUUCAGGGGGAGUCACCAAGCACCUCUCAAUGUUCCGCUAUUGAGCUAAGUAACAAUGGACGAUGGACUGUUUCUGACUGCCUUAAUGAACAACUCACGUUUAUUUGCAAGAAAACUAAAGAUGGAUCCGGUGGAAGAUAUUGGACGGAGGUCGUAACCACUGACGAAAAUGGUGAAAAAAUAGCUCCCUAUGGAGUGAUUGGAGGCAUCAUCUUUGGUUUGUUCUUCUUUUGGAUGGUGUGCUGUUCUGGAACCAGGGAUAAUUGGUUGAUCACGAAAAUACUGAGUUGUAUACUCGAACGAAUAUCCGAUUGUUUUAGGUGCAUUGGGCAUUCUGUAAGAACUUGCUUAUCCUGCAAAUGUUUCAGGCGCGGGACAACAGAUGAAGGGAUUGAGGCAAGAAGGGCUAAUCCACAAUUUCGCUUCAGUGCGUCUUUCGACAAUAUAAGGUCGUCCACUAGGAUGUCAUCGUCGUCGUCAGAAAGUGGUGAUCGUUCGAGAAGAAUGUCGGUGAUAUCACAAUCGUCAUCGCCGCCGACUUACGGGGAUGUUACAUCAGAGCCCCCUCCUCCGGCCUACUCGGAAGCCUUAGAUCCUGUAUUUGAUAUUUCUCACAGUGACGUUGGAGGAUCGAGAUUGUCAUUGAAUAUCGGAGAAGUGGCCGCAGCACCAUCGUACGAGUCUGUCGUAGGUUCAGAAAGCAAUAUAUGAAGGAACAUUCUCAUGACUUUAAGAAUGUAACAACUAUUUAUACAUCAGUGUAAGGGACAACACCAUAUGGAGUCGGGUCAUCCU